AGUCGUCUCCCGGGCAUCAAGGUGAAAUACCUGCUGGUGGUGUGGCUGGGCAUCUUCGUGGGCAGCUGGGUGGCAUACAUGCACUACUCGUCCUACUCGGAGCUCUGCCGUGGCCACGUCUGCCGGAUGAUAAGUGUGACCAGUACAAGAAAGGAAUCAUUUCUGGCUCCACAUGCAAAGACCUGUGUGAGGAGCGCAGCCUCCUCUUCCAGCACUGCCUCUCCUCCUCUCCCACCCAGCAGGUUUACAGUGGGCUCUGGAGAGAGAGGGAGGUGAUCAUCAAAUGCGGCAUCGAAGAAGCCUUGAAGGCAGACAGCCACCCAGACUCCGUGCCCAGGAGGGACGUGGUCCUCUUUGACAAACCCACACGAGGAACAUCGAUGGAUGAGUUCAAAGAAAUGCUCCUCAACUUCCUGAAGUCCAACCUGGGGGAUCAGCCUUCUCUUGCUGCCUUGGUGAGCCGGAUCAUCGCCAUGGCAGAUGUGAACCGGGACGGGAAGGUCUCUUUAGCGGAGGCCAAGUCCAUCUGGGCGCUACUUCAGCUCAACGAGUUUCUCCUCAUGCUCUCCUUGCACGAGAAAGAGCACACUUCCAAGCUGCUGGGGCACUGCGGGGACCUCUACGUCACCGAGAAGAUCCCCCACACUUCCCUCUAUGGAGUGGACGUCCCCCCCUUCCUCCAGUCGCUGCUGCCUUCAGUCGUCCACCAAAUCAUCCACCAGUGGUUUGCACCAGCGUGGCCCCGGCGGGCAAAGAUCACCAUCGGCCUUCUGGAGUUCGUGGAGGAGAUAUUCCACGGGACCUACGGGAACUUCUACAUCUGCGAGACCGGCUUUAAGAACGUGGGCUACAACGACAAAUACGACUUCAAAAUGGUCAACCUGAGGAAGGUGGCGACGGAGAUGACAAUCAGAGGUUUCCUCAAGGGACGUCACUGUGAGCAGAACGUGGACUGCACCUACGGGAAGGACUGUAUGGCCACGUGCGACAAGCUCAUGAAGCAGUGCAAAAGCGAGAUGGUGCAGCCCAACCUGGCGAAGGUCUGUGGGUUGCUGCAGGACUACUUGCUGUACGGAGCGCCGCUGGAGCUGAAGGAAGAUCUGCAGAAACAGCUCCGAACGUGCAUGACCCUCAGCGGCCUGGCCAGCCAGAUGGAAGUGCACCACUCCCUCGUGCUGAACAACCUCAAGACCUUGCUCUGGAAGAAGAUUUCGAACACCAAAUAUUCCUAACCGGGGAAGCACGGCCCUGGAGUUUAGAAUCUGCAAUCUUGGAGGAAAGCCCAAGGCUUGAAGGCCUGUUUCUCCAUCCUCUCCCCCACAGGAAAAAAACCCACACCCUGCACAGGGAGUCCCACGUAGCUGCAGCCCUUUCUCCUUCAUGGCCAACCAUCAUGACUUCCACCGCCCCGCAGGAACAUCGAUACCGUCGGGCAAGAGGACGCUGCGGAGCUGGGACGCCGGGAGCUGGGCUCAACAGCCUCGGGGAGGGAAGACGACACUGGGAAAGCGAUAAGGAAGCGGAGCCCAGCUGGACGCAUCUAACUGUUUCUUGAUUAACAGGAAGGCGGUGCGGAGAGAUGAGAAUGAAUCAUUCAUGCUGUACUUGUCACGUCUUCUUUUGAUGAACGUCUCUGAUGUAAAUAAAUAGCUUUU